UGCCGUUUUCUGUAUCCCACUGUCGUUUCUAUGGCUUCUUCUCUUCAAUUUAAUCUGUUAUAUUUGUAAUUAUAAAUUUUUUUUGUUUAAAUUCUUUUUUGGGACUAAUUUUAUCUGUUUGUGCAGUUUUAAUCUUUGAAUUAAAUCAAUCUGUGAGCUUCUAAAAUGGCUCUGAUUGAUGUCACCAAAGCAUGCCUUGAUUCCAUUGAUCAAAUGGCAGGGCAAAUUGGAGGUUCCAUUCUUUACCUAGAUUCUGGAUGUACAGAGAGUUUCCAAAUCGCUGGAGUAUUUCCUAAGCUGCUGGAGCUUGGUGUGCGAGCUGUUUGUAGCCUAGAAAAUAUGUGUUCUCUUGAUGCAGUGGCUAAUUGGAAUGUAAAUUCUGAUCCUGCAACUAAAAUUGUUGCUAUCACAUCUCGUCUACUCAGUGAUGCACAUCGAUAUAUCUUACGUUGUCUAAGCAUGCAUCAAGGCAUUGAACAUUUUAUAGUGUGCACAUCUAUAUCAGAGGUAGCUCACUCAGCAUAUCCUGAUUCUCCUCUGGGACCUGAUGCAUUCCGUGAAUAUGAAUCCUUGCUUCUUCAAGAUUACGAGGAGCUUGUUAAAAAACGUAGGACCAAAUCUGGACUUGCUAAAGAUAUCGACUUCCCAAAACCUACAAACUUUGAAGGUGAAGGGUGGUCACGUCUAACAUCUAGUGAAGAGGAAUUUCCGCAAUUUGGAGCUCAUUCAAGUGGUAAAAUCUUUAGCGGAAAUGAUGGUUAUGCAGAAGAUGAAGGGAAAAGGCUGGUUGUUUCAGUGCAUCACUUCCCUAUGAUUUUUUGUCCUUUAUCGCCAAGAGUCUUUGUCUUACCUUCAGAGAGUUCAGUUGCCGAAGCAUGCUUAUCAACUGAACAUGAGGAUUCACUUAGUCUUGGUUUGCCUCCCAUAAGCUCUGGAGCUCCUCCUGAUGGUGAUGAUGUUCCUGCUGGAGCACUUCUAACUGCACAUUUUCUUUACCAUCUUGCUACAAAGAUGGAUAUGAAAAUGGAGAUCUUCUCGCUUGGUGAUUUAUCAAAAACUGUUGGGAAAAUUAUGACAGACAUGUCAAGUCUUUAUGAUGUUGGCCGUCGGAAACGUUCUGCUGGGCUUUUACUUAUUGACCGCACACUUGAUCUCUUCACUCCAUGCUGCCACGGGGAUUCACUAGUCGAUCGCAUAUUUUCAGCUUUGCCUCGAAGAGAAAGAACAACAAACUUUUCUCAUGUGAAGGGGUCGCAAACGCUGCGAAAACUUGGUUCUUCUAGUGUACUACGUGCUUCUCUUGAUGUUCAGAUACCUCUUGCCAAUAUAUUGACUGAAACAGCUUCUGAGAUAAACAGCUCUCCAGUUUUAGAAAGUAUCGAAGCUUUCUUAAGUGGGUGGGACACCACGAACUCGCCACCUCAAUUAGUAGAUCUGCUUAAUAUCCGCAAUAAAGUCCGUGAUGAGAACUCUGCUGUCUCCAAGAUUCAGCCACUUAAUGGAUCCUUGGUUUCGACUGAGACUUUUCGCGGAACACCAUACAUGGAAGCUUUAUUUGAUAGAAAAACAAAAGAUGGCGCAGUACUUGUAAGGAAGUGGCUUCAAGAGACUCUGCGCCGUGAAAACAUUACAAUUAAUGUCAAAAGCCGCCCUGGAUUUGUUACCGUAUCAGAACUGAAUGCCAUGACCGAGGCUUUAGCUAAAAGCCAAUCGUCGUUAAUCAGAAACAAAGGAAUUAUUCAGUUAGCAGCAGCUGUCAUAGUUGCGCUUGAGGAAUCACGUUCUUCCAGAUGGGAUGCAUUUAUUAGUGCUGAGAAAAUAUUGAGUGCGAGUGCAGGAGACACGAGUCAAAGUCUCGCAGCUCAAAUUGGCGAUCUAAUUUAUAAGAGCACUUUGGCGGCAUCCAAUGGGCAGAAUAACAAAACCCAGCAAGCAUUACUUUCUUUUGAGGAUGCUUUAUUCCUUAUGGUUGCUGGAUAUAUAUUGGCUGGUGAGAAUUUCCCGACAUCUGGCUCGGGCGGUCCGUUUUCUUGGGAGGAGGAACAUUCUCUAAAAGAAGCCGUUAUGGAUGCAAUUCUUGAAAAUGCAUCAGUUUCGAGACUCAAGUUUCUCCAUAGUGUGACAGCGGAGCUUGAGGCGAAUUUCAAUAAGAAGAAAUCAAAAGAGACUACAGAAGCAUCGCCCGAUAAGUUCGACAUUGAUGAUUUUGAUGAUGAUCAGUGGGGCAAAUGGGGUGAAGAAGAAGAAGACGACAACGAUGAUAAGAAUAAAAAGGAACAUCAAUAUGAUGACAUGCAGCUGAGGCUAGAGUUGCGCGAUAAGGUUGAUAGUCUCUUUAAAUUUUUUCAUAAAUUAUCGACUCUGAAAAUGAGGAAUAAACCGCUUAGAGACGGAGCAUCUUACAUGGACAGCUCCGAUAAGGGAUUACUCUAUAAAAUUCUGAGAAGAGUUCUCGACAGAAGUGACGUACCUGGUUUAGAUUAUCAUUCCUCUGCUGUGGGCAGACUUUUUAAGAGCGGUUUCGGAAGAUUUGGUCUCGGACAGGCAAAACCAAGUCUUGCAGACCAAAAUGUCAUAAUGGUUUUUAUCAUUGGAGGCAUUAAUGGCAUUGAGGUUCGUGAAGCCUGGGAAGCAGUAUCUGAAAGCGGAAGGCCUGACAUUGAAUUGAUUGUUGGCGGAACAACACUUCUAACUCCUGACGAUAUGCUUGAUUUGCUGAUGGGGAACUCUAGUUACUUAUGAUCCUGUAAAAAGAUACAUUUCAGAAUUUAAAGAAUUAGAAAUAUAUGGAAAAUUAGUGUUCAUGUUAAGUGUUUGUUGUUACAAAAUUGUGCGUUUGAGUACAACAUGGAGGCAAGCUGAAUGAAAGUUCUCAGUUUUGUGA